UUUCUCUUUGGGUGAUAUUCUACCAAACUCAAUAACAUAUCAAAGCAAAAAGUGCUUUGAAUUUCUUUGUUCACUAUAGUUUUCUCAUCUCAGGCAUUAUUGAUGUUCAGGCUAGUCGAUGCCAAUUAGCAUGUAAAGUUUCUUUAUUUAUUUGUUUACAGGAAUCUGCGUUUGUGUGAUAGCUUUCCCACCAGUAACGAUAAAGAACUUCGAUUAAUUCAGAUAUAUCAAGCAAUUGUUCAGGACUUGAUGGAUCUUAAAGCUAAUCACAGUGCCCCCAUACUCACUGAUCCCACACCCAUCAGCAAACCAAGAUUAGGCAUUCAUGAUUCAUUGCUACCCUUCUCCUCUUCCGGAGUUUUCUCUCAAGGCCCUUUUCUAACAAUCCCAUGGAAAAAACCGGGAUUACUUGAUGAUGUGCUCUCUACCAGCUGGUUAGAUGCCAUGAAAUCAUCCUCCCCUAGGCAUAUAAUAAAAAGUAACGGCAUUGAUUUUUCUUCGAAUGAUGUGGACGUUGCUUACCGCAGUUGGAUGCUUAAAUAUCCAUCUGCACUGACAUCCUUUGAACAGAUAGCAAAACACGCAAAGGGCAAAAGAAUUGCAUUGUUUCUUGAUUAUGAUGGAACACUAUCACCGAUUGUGGAUAAUCCAGAUCAUGCUUUCAUGUCUAAUGCCAUGCGUGCAGCUGUGAGAAAUGUAGCAAAAUACAUUCCAACGGCAAUUAUUAGUGGUAGAAGUCGUGAAAAGGUACGCCAGUUUGUAGGACUGAAAGAACUCUACUAUGCUGGUAGUCAUGGUAUGGACAUCAUGGGUCCUGUUCAUCCUCCAAGUAAUCAUACCAUUGAGGUCCAGGAAGGAAACUUAUACCAACCUGCCAGUGAAUUUCUACCAAUGAUCAACGAGGUUUUUGGAUCCCUUGUUGAGAUAACCAAGGACAUAGAAGGAGUGAAAGUUGAGAACAACAAAUUUUGUGUCUCAGUGCACUACCGUAAUGUGGAUGAGAAGAGUUGGACGACAGUUGCACAAUUAGUCCAAGACACCCUGAAAAACAAUCCACGUCUGAGAUUAACACAUGGCCGAAUGGUUUUAGAGGUUCGCCCUGUUCUCAAGUGGGACAAGGGGAAGGCUGUUGAGUUUUUACUUGAAUCACUUGGAUUAAGUAAUUGCGACGAUGUGCUACCAAUAUAUGUAGGGGACGACAGAACUGAUGAAGAUGCAUUCAAGUUUCUAAGAGAGGAUAAUCGUGGUUAUGGUAUCUUGGUAACUCCCGCCCCCAAGGAAACCAGUGCAUAUUUUUCUCUCAGGGAUCCAUCAGAGGUGAUGGAAUUUAUCAACUCAUUGGUUAUGUACAAGAAAUCCGCCCCGUGAUAUGAAAUUAUUAUAAAGAAUAAAAUCAAGGCAUUCGAGUUCCAGUAUAAUGAGCACUUCUCCAAAGUCUUAACAGCAAUUGUAAAUUAUCUUCUUUUAUUUAAUUAUAUUUAUAUUUAUAUAUCUUUGUAAAUUUUGUUCGGUUUAAUGGCUAUGAAAGCCUAUGUGUCUUUUGGUUUC